AAAUUAUUGGUUGUUGGUUAAGAGAAGAAAGAUCUCUUUAUAGUGAGUGUGUGUGUGUCAGUGUCAGGUAACAGAUUAGGUAUUUAUUUGGCAUUACCUUGUUGAGGAAGUGAUGGUAUUAUGUGUAAUAUGGAAUUGAAAACUGGUAAAUUAAGUAAGUUUAAAGUUAAAUUAUUGAGUGGGUGGCCCUCUUUCACAGUGCUUUCUGUGAGUUUGUUGAUUAAAGGCAGGUGAGUUUCCCAAAAAGGCAUUAGCCAGCUGUCCCUAUAUACCCAGGCAAAGAGCUCUGGCAGCAGGUGUGACCUCCAGUUAGUUUCAAUAUUUAACAAGCCCUGAAAAAUUCAUCACCGCUUGCUUUGUUUUUCGCCACACGUGUGUGCAACUUAUUUGUUUUUCCCAAUGGACACUACCGUCAAAAUGGUUUUCAUCAAUUACUUGAUUCCAUUAGACUACACUACAGAGUCAGCUUGUGUCUGACAUGUCUAAUAAAGCUACUUAGCACUCACCAGCGCUGUAAGCUUCCAGACUACAGCCGUAAUCUCAGGUGACCAGGUCAGAAGAGAGAGCUUAAAAGAAAGACAAGCAGAUUAGCUUAGAAAAUGCAGAUUGAACAGUUUCCUUGCUGCCGUGCAUUGGAGGUUAAUACUGUGACAACAUCACACGCGUCUCCUUGAAAGUUUUCCAGCGCGUGAUGCUAAAAUAACUCUGACGUCAGAUGAGCAACAGUUUUGAUCUUACAGGAAAGUAAUGCUAUUUUUUUUAACCCUUUUUUAAAAUAACUUAAAUCAACAACAAACAAGAUUUUGAUCACCCUCUUUUAGUACAAACUAUUGAGUUGGGUUGGGUUGGGUUGCGCUGUCCAUGCUUCAGACAAAGAGGAGCUGCAGCCUGGAAGUUUUUCUAGUGGAAACCUCGGUAGAUGCCGCUCAGAUGUUCCAUGUGCUGUUGUUGUUGUUGUAAGACACGAAAAGCGAGCAGGAUGGAGGUGUCCUGCCUGGAGCUGGCGCUGGAGGGUGAGCGGCUCUGUAAGGUGGGCGACUACAGAGCAGGUGUCUCCUUCUUUGAAGCUGCCAUCCAGGUGGGCACAGAGGACCUGCAGGUGCUCAGUGCCAUCUACAGCCAGCUGGGCAAUGCCUACUUUCACCUGCACGACUACGCUAAGGCCCUGGAGUUCCACCGGCAUGACCUCACCUUGACCAGGACAAUUGGUGACCUGCUUGGAGAAGCCAAAGCCAGUGGAAACCUUGGCAACACAUUAAAGGUGCUGGGGAGGUUUGACGAGGCUGUGGUUUGCUGUCAGAGGCACUUGGACAUAGCAAGAGACAUUAAUGACAAGGUGGGUUGGGCGCGAGCUCUGUAUAACUUUGGGAACGUGUACCAUGCCAAAGGCAAAAGUAUCUGUUGGAGUGGAGCUGAGCCUGGAGAUUUCCCAGAGGAGGUCAUGAUGGCGCUGAGGAAGGCAGCUGAGUACUAUGAGGCUAACCUGGCGAUUGUGAAGGAGCUUGGGGAUCGCGCCGCUCAGGGUCGAACCUAUGGCAACCUCGGCAACACGCACUACUUGUUGGGAAACUUUCGCAAAGCUGUAGCUUCUCACGAACAGCGCUUGCUCAUAGCUAAGGAGUUUGGCGACCGCUCAGCAGAGAGACGGGCGUACUGCAACCUGGGGAACGCCUAUAUCUUUUUGGGGGAAUUUGAAGUGGCGGCUGAGCAUUACAAGAGGACACUGCAGCUGGCGAGGCAGUUGAAGGAUCGAGCUGUGGAGGCACAAGCCUGCUACAGCCUGGGCAACACCUACACACUUCUCCAGGAUUAUGAGAGAGCCAUAGACUACCACCUCAAACACCUCAUCAUAGCCCAGGAUCUCAAUGACAGGAUUGGGGAGGGCCGUGCAUGCUGGAGUCUUGGAAAUGCUCACACUGCACUGGGGAACCAUGACCAAGCAAUGCACUUUGCUGAGAAACACCUGGAGAUCUGCAAAGAGACUGGAGACAGGAGCGGGGAGCUGACGGCUCGUAUGAACGUUUCUGAUCUCCAGAUGGUUUUGGGUCUGAGUUAUAGCACAAAUAACUGCACUCUGUCAGAGAACAAGGAUAUAGACUACAACCUGCAUGGAGCGAGGCCCAGGAUGAGCAGAAGACACAGCAUGGAGAACCUGGAGCUGAUGAAACUCACUCCAGACAAGAUGAAUGGUCAGAAGUGGAACAGUGACAUCUUGACCAAACAGUCCAAACCCUCUCUGGCUAAGACCUCCUCCAAGCUGUUCUUUGUCAGCCGUCUGCGUGGGAAGAAGUACAAGGCUGGUGGCUCCAGUAAGGUCCUCCAGGACACCAGCAACACCCUGGACACCAGCCAGACGGCCGCACAGGGGCCACAGAAGCGACUCAGUCCUGACAUGCUCGGAGACGAGGGCUUUUUUGACCUGCUGAGCCGUUUCCAGAGCAACCGUAUGGAUGACCAACGCUGUUCAAUACAGGAUAAGGGCAGCAGGUUAUCAUUAAACAGUGGUCCAGAAUCGCCUCCUAGAGCCAUCAGGAAAUCUGUAUCAGAGUCUGCGUAUGUCUCGGGCGCCCCAGGCCGACGGUUAGAGGAGUCGUCAGCAGCAACAGGGGGAAGCCUGCCCGGCCUCAGGCUCAAUCAAAACAGCAACCAGGCCGUGCUCAGCCACCUGAUGGCCAACGCUGACAGUGCAGAGCCUGACGAUGACUUCUUCGAUAUGCUUGUCAAGUGCCAGGGGUCCCGUUUGGAUGACCAGCGCUGUGCCCCUCCCCCUCCUCCGGUCCGAGGGCCCACUGUACCAGAUGAGGACUUCUUCAGCCUCAUCAUGCGCUCUCAGGCCAAACGAAUGGAUGAGCAACGUGUCACCCUGCCUUCUUCAACAAACACCCCAGCCAGGCCCAGCUCCAGCUCCAACUGAACUAAACACGACAGCCACGUUUUGUUUUUCUUUAUUUGAAGGUAUGGACAGCGUUGUGACUGACCAGUGAGGGGUCACAAGCCUUGUGUCUCUUUUACAUUUGUCUUUUUGGACAAAACAAAGCACUGUCGGCAUUGUAUAUAGUAUACAUUAUGGAAAAAUCUCAGAUUAACAAGAACUUGUUUCGCACAACUUGCACACACCAACUAACUCUCAGUAGUAUCAGGGACAAAAGUGUUGUUUUUUAUCUGUUUGUCAUGAUUCUGUCCUCCUAAUUUCAUUUCACCCUGUGUGUUUUUCAAUACACAACUACAAUUAUGUUUGUAUAUAUUGCACUUUUUCUGAUUGUUAUGAUUGUGUUAACUGCCGUCCCAUCACUAUGAAGUAAUGCGAUUAUACUCACAGUGGUGUCUGAGUCCAUGUAUUUUGUUUAUAUGUGAGGGCGUUUUUUUUUGGGGGGGGGUUAAAAGUUACCAGGGUUGGGCAAAGAAACUGUUUGAUAAAAGAAUGAAUUUAACCCUUGUUCACUACAGCCCUUAUGCUCUUGUGUACUAAAUGUUUCAAUGAGGUCAGAGGAAUAAAGCCUCAUUCAUGUACA